CAAAAGCAAUGAGAAGCUCCCAUUUCGACCUCUUGAAUCCGCAUCUUGCCCGAUUGCGGUCUUACCGGAGGUCGAUUCAAUAGAUUUCUGCUCCGUGGUUGCGCCUCGGAUGUGGCUGUGGCUUUGAACUGGGUGAGAACGAUAGAAUUUUGAGUUUUUUCGGAGGUUAGAGUUGAGGUUUGAUCGAUGCAGGGGGGGUUGGCAAUGCAAGCAGCUACGCUGCCUUGUGCAUUCUCGCGUGCUACCUCACCAUCGUCAUGCUUGUCGUCGCGCGCUUCGACUGCCAUUCUCCCCUUGCAGUUAGGAGCUGGGCAGCUUAACCUAUGCAAUGAACGAGGAUAUCAUCAAUCUGGAGUUCAGCAAAGGGUAGCUCCCAAGAAGCAACAUGUCUGGCGGUGCGCAGCGACCACGGAAGGAAGGAAAGCGCCCAAAAGUCAAAUGCUGGUAUUUGUGCCACCUCACCCGCUCAUCAAACAUUGGGUUUCAGUCCUCCGCAAUGACUUCUCUCCGCCUCCAAUAUUCAGAAGCGCCAUGGCAGAGCUGGGGCGACUUUUAAUCUAUGAAGCAUCUCGCGAUUGGCUGCUUACAGUAAGCGGAGAAGUCAACACACCUUGCGGGGUUGCUGACGUGGAGUUCAUCGAUCCUAGAGAACCUGUGAAGGUUGUCCCUAUUCUUCGAGCUGGUCUCGUACUUGUUGAGCAAGCGGGAUGUGUCUUACCCGCCAGUCAAACCCUCCACCUCGGAUUUGUACGGAACGAGGAGACUCUUCAACCAGAAAUGUACUUGAACAAGCUCCCAGAAAAGUUUGAGGAAGGUGCGAGGGUGCUUGUGGCUGAUCCAAUGCUUGCUACAGGUGGAACAAUAGUUGCGGCUCUCGAAGAACUCACAAGUCGUGGUGUUGAUGUUGAAUUAAUUCGUGUGAUAGCGGCUGUUGCUGCCCCUCCAGCAUUAAAAAUACUUAGUGAGAAAUUCCCAGGGUUAAAGGUGUACGUGGGGAUUAUUGAUGAAGGUCUCAAUGAAAAAGGAUAUAUUGUUCCAGGACUUGGCGAUGCUGGUGACCGUAGCUUUGGUACGCUUUAAAAAUAUGUUCAGCUAUAGUGCAGUCUUGUUAGAACACUCCAAACAUAUUAAACAGGCACAAAUGUUCCAGAAAGUUUUUGUGAUCUGGGCACCACUUUUAGCGUUUUUGCUAUCGUUCUUUUUAAUUUUUAUUUUCCUGAAACGAAAAAAUCAAGAAUCCCUCUUUACUGGGUGCUACUCCUUGCAUCAGUUCGAGAUCUCAUGCAAUCCUGGCAUCCUUUUAUUUA